AUGUUCUCCCGCACACUGCCACGCGGCAGCUAUGGUGCAAGGCUUCUUAUCAGAAACCAGUAUCGAGCUGGUCUCGUACGCCGGUACUCUGCCGUUACCAAUGGCAGCUCAGCCGCCCAAUCCAGCCUCCCAUUGGCCGGCUACCGCGUGCUGGAUAUGACGAGGGUACUUGCGGGUCCCUAUUGCACACAGAUACUCGGUGAUCUUGGCGCAGAAGUCAUCAAGGUCGAGCAUCCCACUCGUGGGGACGAUACCCGUGCUUGGGGGCCGCCUUAUGCAACCUACCGAGAGGGGUCCGAGUUGGAUGGCCCCGGCGAAUCCGCCUACUUCCUUGCGGUCAACCGCAACAAGAAGUCACUCGGCCUGUCAUUCCAGCAUCCCGAGGGUGUCGAGAUACUGCAGAAGCUGGUUGCGGAAUGCGACAUCCUCGUAGAGAACUACCUGCCAGGCAGCCUCAAGAAAUAUGGCAUGGAUUUCGAGACAAUACACAAGCUCAACCCAUAUCUCAUUUAUGCCUCCAUCACGGGCUAUGGGCAGACGGGACCAUACUCGCAACGGGCUGGCUACGAUGUCAUGGUUGAGGCAGAGUUCGGGUUGAUGCACAUCACAGGUAGCAGGGACGGACCGCCGGUGAAAGUCGGUGUUGCGGUGACCGACCUGACGACUGGGCUUUACACAAGCAACAGUAUCAUGGCUGCCAUCAUAGCGCGGGGGAAAACAGGCCGUGGUCAACAUAUUGAUGUCUCGUUGAGUGAUUGCCAGACUGCAACGCUUGCCAAUAUUGCGAGCAGCUGUCUCGUCAGCGGGAAGAAGGAUUCAGGCCGAUGGGGCACUGCGCAUCCAUCCAUCGUUCCGUACAAGUCGUUCAAAACCAAAGAUGGGGAUGUCCUCUUCGGCGGCGGCAACGACCGACUAUUUGGCAUUUUAUGUGAUGGCCUAGGCCGACCAGAGUGGAAGACCGAUCCCAAGUACAGCGUCAACUUUGCCCGGGUCGCCAACAGAGUUGAACUGGAAGACGAGAUUGAGAAGGUCAGCACGCAGAAGACGACAGGAGAGUGGCUGGAGGUCUUUGAGGGCAAAGGCAUGCCAUAUGCGGCUGUCAAUGAUGUUCAAGGGACACUCAAUCACGAGCAUACAAAGGCCCGCAACAUGGUGGUGGAACUCGAGCACGAUGAAUGUGGAUCGAUCAAGAUGGUGAACACGCCGGUCAAGUAUAGCGGAAGUACACCGGGUGCCCGGACAGCACCACCGACACUUGGACAGCAUACUGACGAGGUCCUUGGGACGUUACUUGGACUCGACGAAAGUGCAGUAGCUGCGCUGAAAAAGAAAGGUGCCAUACGGUAG